CUGGAUAAGAGCGUCUGCCAAAUUACUAAAAUGUAAAUGAUUGAUGCACGUUGAACUGUAACGUGGCCAUUCCUAGCAUCAUACCAAAGUCGUAUUCUGGUAAGAUUUCGUAAUGUUGCGCUCGUGGCCGCCUGUAGGUCAUGGAAAAAGCGCGAUCAGAGUCUGCGCAACUCAGCGUUCUUCUCGUCGUCUGUGCGAAGUUUAUGAAGCUGCACUGCAAGAGGAGAAAAAAAAACAUUCGUCACUAUUGGUAAUUCCUGCUAUAUCCAAUGAAUCACAACUUCACAUUUGUUAUUGCUAACUCUUUUGCCAAGGUGAUUAAUUACUAAACUAGUUAAAGUUUCGAUAUGUAUAAACAAUCUGCAAUCAAACGCGGACGACCUAGCUAGCUCGCUAGCCAGCUAGCUAGCGACCGAAAUUAGACGACGUUCCUUCAAAAUGGUAGCUAGCUAGGUAGAAUGCAUAGGAAAAGCUCGCUAUUGCCUUAUCAGUUUAUCCACAACAAAUUGGUAAAGAUCUGUGUUCGUUUUCAAAUUGGUAUUUUGUCCCCUUCGUUGCAUGGCAGGAUGAACGUUUACCGUUGUUGAAAACACUGGCCUUCGUUGUACCGCAAAAUAGUGUAGCUUGCUAGAUUCAGCGUAGAGUACACAAGGGGGCUCAACAAAGAACCAGGAAGCAUAAUGCUCAUUGGCCUAGCAAGAGAGCGUAAGAUUGAAGCUGCUAAUUAUACAAAUGGUUAAUUUAAAGACGUACCCAUAUUUAAUUCCCAUGCAGAGUUGUAUUUUUAUUUUUUACAAUUUACUAUUAUGUCAGUUGUCAGGUAUUCUCGGCAAUGUUAAUGGUGUCCUGGCUGCUGGAAUGUAUGUCUAGCGUACAAUUAAAAAAAAUUAAAAAAGAGGUUGAUGCAUUACAGAAGUAAUGUUUUAGGCACACUCAGGGAUGGAUCCCUUGUCCACCCAUUGAUUACGGGAUAUUAUUUUCCCACAGAACAAAAUCUUCCCCCAAAACAUUUUAUAAAUUCAAUGCACUAUUUUCUUUAUUCUAAAAUAUAUGCAUAAUAAUAAAUAAUGUAUGCCAUUUAGCAGACGCUUUUAUCAAUAGCAACUUAGUCAUGUGUGCAUAAAUGUUUAUGUAGGCGUGGUACCGGUAAUUAAACCCACUACCCUGGCGUUGCAAGCACCAUGCUCUACAAACUGAGUUACACAGUCUCUUAUAACAUGAACAUAUUUGUUUUACACAGGGAUUCCUAUCAGUGGUGUGCUUUACAUUUAGUUCUCUCCUGCAGGCUGGCAGUGCCAGGGGUGUUGCCCUCUCAGGUAUAGGUGGCUAUCUCUUGGGCGUGUAAACAGGACAGGCCAAGGGCCGUUAGGGGUGCAACAUGAAUUUCAAAUUCACCUAUAGCGAAAUAGAGGAACUUGGGGGCAACUUGCCCAUGAAGAAAAGGAAGUCACGCUUCACCUUCGAUGAAGUCCAUCUGCUGUUGACUGAAGUCAAAAGAAACAGGCACAUCCUCGUAAGUAAGUACCUCCACUCAGUGUGUACUGUAGGCACAAAUUACAAGAAUUUACGAAGUUUAUGCAUGGUAAUGUCUGAGGCCUUUGGUCAUGAUCAGCAUGAAGCACUCAAAAUAGACAUAUGUUCACUUUGCAUUUGUUUGUCUCAUAUUCUCUGCUUGCCUUUUAUUCCUUGGAGUGCUAUUGUCUGCCUUUGUCACCCACCACAGGCAAGUUCAACCAAGGCGCCUCAUCAGACCUGAGGAAGCGAACAUGGGCGGAAAUCGCGAUUCGCGUCAACAAAAUCAGCGAGUGCCAACGGGAGGUCAUGGAGAUUGUCAAGAAGUGGGCGGACCUAAAGUGCGAUGCCAAGCGCAGGAUUGUGGCCAUGCGAGGGCCUAAUGGUGUCCGUAUCUCCCAGAACCUGUCACCGGUGGAGAAAAUGGUGCACGAAAUACUAACCAUGUCCCCUCCGAACAAGGCCACCAUGGGCAGUAUGAAUGAUGAACCUGAGGAGAAUGACUUUGGUGACAUGUCAGAGAUGUCGACUCGCUCCUCAGGCACCUCUAAUGGUAUGGCUGGCCUUCAUCACAUGGCUAUGCCUGGCACCAGCCCCCACGGCAUGGGCUCGUCUAUUUCUUCUUUCUCAACUCUGGAUAAAGAUAUUGGCAUGUUCUCUCAGAUGCCAUUUGGCCGUGAGUCUUUCCUGUAUUCAGAACAUUUCUCAUGAGCUCUUUCUCCCCAACACUUAUGCACUCAACACACUCUAUUCACAUGUUGUAUUGAUUAUUAUUAUUAUUAUUAUUAUUAUCUUCUUUGUCAUAUUUGUUUAUUAUUGUCCUUUUAGGGGAUCCUUCUCACUCAUCUCAUGAUUUUUCAUUCAUGACACCAGUCGAUGAAGGUAAAACUAUUUCUCUCUCGCUUUAUUGUUGGUAAAUGUGUUUGCACCUAUGUUUCUGUGUAAUUAUGCAUCUAUGUGUAAUCACGUUGUGUUUGUGUAUUACCCAUAGACAACAGUCUGGGAUUCGAGGACCUAGAAGAGGUGCCGCGGCACAUGGGCUCCUUCCACCCUCCUGCUGAGCCUCGUCGCACCUACUCCAGAUUCGCUGCCUCUUCCACCGCUAUGUAUUCUUCCAUGGCUACCUCCUCGUCCUCCCUCCCAGCUCCCUCUUCCUGUCUCCCUGCUCCUCCCUCCUCUUCCACCUCUCCAGGGUCAGUCAUGGGGCAGGGGGCAAUCCGGAAGCAGCUAGCCCACAGUGCCUCCCUCAGUCUCAAGGAGCAGCAGGCCACUACUGCCCUGCUAGGGGCCGUGUCAGGGUCUCUGGGGGCCCUGGCCCAGUCCGUGCAGCAGCUGGUGGAGUCGCAGCAGGAGUUUGUACGCGACUCCUUGCAGAUGCAGCGAGAGACUGUGAGCGUCCUGCGAGACUUCUCCACCAAUGCCCUUGCUCUCCUGCGGGACAAGGUCAACGGCCACCCGCCGCCUUAACUCCCAGUUCACCUACAGAACCCAACACAACACACGGACCCUACCUGUGAAGUGCUUGCCCGUGGACAGAGAUCAUGUCAUUAAUACUGUUUGCUGAUUCACCUUGAGAAUGAGUAUGCUGCCGCUAGUAUAGAGAGUACUGAAUAGCAGGAAGCCAAAAUAAAAUUAUGAAUAUCAUUAUAUACUGGAGAUGAGCUUUCUAACCAGUGGCUGGUUUAUUGUGUAACGUUUGAUGAUGAAGAGCAAUGCAUCCACGUGUCAUUGUUCCAGAAUCAUAUGAGGUUGUUUUUUUACUGAAUGAAACAAGAUUGGACAUUGCAAGUAUGUUUGUCAGAGGAGAACUUGUGCAAUACUCUAAAAAUGCUUUUCGAGUGUAAGCGAACUGUUGAUCUGCUCCUGUUUUGUUUUACAUGGCCUCAUUUGCAGGCUUCCUCUAACAAGUAUGCAAUGACUGGUCAUCCACACACAUUCCAAGCAUAACCAGCCACAUUUAUAGAUUUAAUUUGGGUCAAAUCAAUUAGAUGACUAAGAAAAAGAGCAGCACAUACAUGUGGAAAGUAUGAAUGAGUUUGAUCUG